UUAUUAUUGCUAAUCAAGGUGGCAAUUUUCCUCUUAAGUAAAAAUAACAUAUUUUAUAUAUAAAGAGAAAAGAUGGACCAAUUAGAAUUAUUAUUGCAAAUCAAGGUCGCAGAAUUACCCUCUAAUAUAUAAUCCUAAUCCAUCUCUAAACUUGUAAGGUUCCAAAUUAUAAUAUUUAUGUCAUUUUUUUUCUUAGCUUCUAAUUAUUACUCCGUAUCAUCUUUACUGCUCUAGAAAAGUCCUUAUACCUUAUUAGUAUAGAAGUAUAAUAAGCUUUAUUUUCAAAAAAAAAAAAAAAAAAAAAAAAAAAAAAAAAAAGAAGAAGAAGAAAGAGAGAGAAGCAUAAUAAGCUAUUUUUGGGCAAGAAAAGUACAUAAACACAACCUAUUAAAUGGAGAAAAAUAAUGAAUAUUCAGAAAAGGGUGAAUUAGUGAAUGAGCUUGUUGAAGGGAGGGAUCUUACCAAGCAGCUGUUGUUGAUGAUUCUCAACAAUGAACAACCACGGUCAUCCUCUAGCAACGACGACAACGGUGCGUACGGAUGGAUUGCUCAAAAGAUAUUAGCCAAUUUUGAGAGGUCAUUACAAAUCUUGCAAUAUGAUCCAAGCAACAACCUAUCGUUUGAACAAACAACAACUGAUUCUCCUUAUUCUUUCAGUGGAAGCCCUAAAAGUCAAGACUCUGAUAAUAAUGGUGAUUUCAAACAUCCAUUUGACCUUAAAAAUGACCCCAAAAAGUUGAGGGUUAUUCCUCAAGUGACACAAAGAGUGCAAGGUUGUACGAAAAACGGGCUUGAAGGCCCGAUCGAAGAUGGUUUUAGUUGGAGAAAAUAUGGAGAAAAGGACAUUCUUGAAGCUAAAUUUCCAAGGGCAUAUUUUAGGUGUAAUCAGAGAACACUUGAAGGAUGUUUUGCUACAAAGCUAGUACAAAGAACCGAAGAUGGCCCUGCCUUCUUUCAAGUCAUUUACCGCGGUAUGCACACUUGUUCUAAGGCUUCCUUUCCCUCCUUCCCCACUAACCCUACACAAAAACCCGAGUCCAUCGAGAUCAUAGCAUAUCCUCCUUGUCAACAAUCAAAGGAAACCAUGUUAUUCUUUGAAAAAGACAUCAAACCCUUUAGUAGUAAUAGUAGUACCGUUCUACAAACUCAUCAUCAUAUUAAUCAUAGUUUUUCUACAAAUACAAUUACAAGUACGUUCCAAUCUCCUUCAUGUAGUGAACCGAACUUGAUUGACUUCAAUAAUUAUCGUAAUGAGACAGUUUAUAAUCCACAAGACGCGUUCGUUCCAGAAGUAGUUACACAUAUGCAUCCAUCUUCUUCAGGUACUCAUCAUUAUUCUGAUGUUACACCACACCUUUCAUUUGAUCAAGUGAAUUUGACCAUAAUUUUUUCAGUGACAACCCUAAUUACAUUCAGUAAUUCUUAUUAA